UAUUUCCUAAAGACAGAAUGGAGUCGUCCAUGGAGAAGACGAGAGAGUUUCUACGAGUAACCCAGCAUGAUUCCGACCGAGUCGCCCGAGUCACCGUCCCUCCCCAACGGCCUGAAGCCUUCCACAGCUUCUACGAAGAGUUCACCCUCAAAGGCAUACGACUUGACCGAUUCCAACCCGGUUCUAUCUCUUGCACUUUCAAAGUCCCCGAUCGCCUUACUGAUAGAAAUGGAAAUCUUGCGGUAGGUGCGAUUGCGAGCUUAGUAGAUGAGGUUGGUGCGACUAUGGUCUAUGAGAAGGAUGUACCUAUGAAUGUUUCUGUGGAUAUGUCUAUCUCUUACCUUUCUACUGCCAAAAUCAAUGAUGAUUUGGAGAUCAGCGCAAAGCUUUUGGGCGGAAAAGGGGCGUAUAACGGUACUCUUGUUGUUCUGAAGAACAAAGCAACCGCAGAAAUAAUUGCAGAAGGACGACAUUCGUUGUUUAGUAAACCAAGAAGCAAAAUUUGAAAGCAUCUGGUUUUAGGUAAGGCUGAAUCAGUUUGCUUCAUAGAACUUGUUUUUGAUGGUUGUUGUUAUUGAAUAAAUCUACUUCUGUAUGUGUAGUUGGAAGGUAUAUUACACAUGUACACCCGAAUACAAACCAAGUGGCUGUUUACCAAACACUAACCGAAUAAGCAUUUACCGAGUUACUUACUUUACUCGGUGACCACGACUCAGAAUCUUGAA